AUGGCGGCGCGGGGCGCUGAGGCCGCGCCGGGAGCGGCGCCGGGGCCCGGUUCGGCGGAGCCGCGGCCGCUCUUCGGCGGCUGCUGGAGCUGCCGCUUGCUCAGCGGCGCGGGGCUGAUGAUGGCCGCGGUCUGGGUGUACCAGGGCCCGCGGAGCGCCAUGAAAAAGGGGAUCCCCCCCUCCAUGGGCGCCAUCGCCCAGAUGUGCUUCGCCGCCGGUCUGGGAGCCUGGGGCAUCGUCAUCCUCGCCGACCCCGUGGGACGGCGGCAGCGCAGGGAGCCCUGAGGGGGGAGCCCCAAUAAAGGCGCUGGGAGCCCCCAGAAAUCCGGAUUUGGGGAGGGGGACACGGGACGGGACAAAAGUCAAGUUCAUUUGUUG